GCACAGUCGAGCGCCGGGCGCGCCGCGGUCGCCUGGGAAACAGCGGCCCAGGGCCUGCGCCGGGACGGGACUAGGCCUGGGCCUGCACGGGGCCUGCGCCGGUGCCGGGGGAGUGGGGCGGGGCCUAGGCCUGGGCCUGCAUCGGUACCGGGGCGUAGGCCUACACGGGGCCUGCGCCGGUACCUGCACCUGGGCCUAGGCCUACUCUGGGGCCUGAGCCGGUGCCGGAACUGGGGCGGGGCCUGGAUCUACUCUGCGAUCUGAGCCGGUCCCGGUCCUGCGCCGGUCUCAGGCCUACACGAGGCCGGUGCUGGUCCUGGGGCCCUGGUCCGGUACCGGGGUGUGGGCCUAAGCCUGUGCCGGUACCGGAGCUGGUGCCGCCAUGCGCUGCCGCGGCGCGGACGCCAUCGCGUGGUACCAGCAGAAGGUGAGCGGGGCGCGGGCCGGGCGGGCGCGGGCCGGGCCGUGCCCCCAGCCCCUCCUCUCCUUGCAGAUCGGCGCCUACGACCAGCAGAUAUGGGAGAAGGCGAUCGAGCAGACCCAGAUGAAGGGGCUGCGGGCCAAGCCCAGGAAGAAGGGUCGCAUCCAGCCCGAUCUCAUCGACGUGGACCUGAUUCGAGGCUCUACGUUCGCCAAAGCCAAGCCUGAAAUUCCCUGGACGUCGCUAACUCGGAAAGGAAUUGUGAGAGUCGUGUUUUUCCCAUUGUUCAGCCAGUGGUGGAUACAGGUUACUUCCCAACGGAUCUUCAUGUGGCUCCUGGUGCUCUACGUUAUGCAGGUCCUGGCAGUUGUGCUGUAUUUCCUGGUGCCCAUCGGGAGUGCGAGUGAGGUGGCGGGGCCGCUGUGCCUGAUGCUGCUGAUGGGAACCGUUCACUGCCAGAUUGUGUCCACCCAGGCCAGCAGGUCUGCUGGGAGCAACGGGAUGGGCAGGCGGAGGAGGAAGUUACGCAAGCCUGUGGGUGUUGAUGGGAGCAGCUGGUCUUCUCCUGACAAGAGCAGUAAAGAAGAGCAGUUGGAGUCUGUAUCCGUUCUUCGCAGCUUGCUCAGCAUGCUGUUCCGGAGGAGGAUUAGAAGAGUAAAGUCGGUAGCUGAGAAGGGGACUGAGACAGAAAACAGUGUGAACGCUGUGGAUAAUGGCAUUAAGCACAGACUGGAAUACAGGCUGCUACACGCCAAAGAGAAAACCAAGCUUUCUGAUGGGGAAAAGAGCCACCAGGACGACCGCACGAGCAGAGCUGGUGCUUCUGACGAGCUGUCGAGUGAGGAGGAUGCUGAAGCAAUGGCACAAAGGAUCUUGUUACGCCAGACUGUAGAAGGGGUGUCCAGUGACAAUAGCUAUGAAGAGAAGAAAAGGAGGCCUCUCGCCUCUCUCAACCAGGCUGUCUCACAGGUCAAACAAGCCCUUAAGGGUGCCAGAGACUCCGACAGUGUGGUGGAAUCUGAACUAGAAUCCACAUUGUGCAGUCAGGACUCGUGGUCCUGCAUCAGUACGGGAUCCCGGAGCUGUAGCAUGACCCGGAGAGACUCGGAAAGCACUCGCCAUGACUCAGAGACUGAGGAUAUGCUUUGGGAUGAUCUGCUCCAUGGGCCGGAGUGCCGCUCCUCCUGCACCAGCGACAGUGAGGAGGUGGAUGUCAGAGGUACCAGACGGGAUUUGAAAGAAGACGUUUUCCAGCAGAACCAUUUGUUUUGGCUGCAGAACACCAGUCCAGCAUCCGCAAAAGUGAGUGCACUGAUCUGGGAGGGGAACGACUGUAAGAAGGUGGACAUGUCUGUGCUGGAGAUCAGCGGGAUUAUCAUGAGCAGGGUUAAUGCCUACCAGCAAGGCGUGGGUUAUCAAAUGCUGGGAAACAUCAUCACCAUUGGAUUAGCAUUCCUACCAUUCCUCUACAGACUCUUCCGCAUGGAUAACCUGGAGCAGCUGUGCUCCAUUUCUCUAAAGGAGCUUUUGCACAUCUUUUGUGGAGCACCUGCUAGCACCCUGGCCAUUGUUUUGUCUGCUAUCAACUUCCUGGAGAGGCUUUGCUUAACCUGGAUGUUCUUCUUCAUGAUGUGUGUGGCUGAGAGAACAUACAAGCAGAGGUUUCUGUUUGCCAAGCUGUUCAGUCACAUUACAUCUGCUCGGAAAGCCAGGAAAUACGAAAUCCCUCACUUCAGACUAAAGAAGGUAGAGAACAUUAAGAUCUGGUUGUCCCUUCGUUCCUAUCUGAAGAGGCGAGGUCCCCAGCGAUCUGUGGAUGUAGUCGUAUCGUCUGUCUUCUUACUGGCCCUUUCCAUUGCUUUUAUUUGCUGUGCACAGGUUCUCAAGGGUCACAAAACAUUCCUGAAUGCGGCUUACAACUGGGAGUUCCUGAUCUGGGAGGCAGCGCUGCUUCUCUUUUUGCUACGGCUGGCAUCUUUGGGCUCAGAAACCAACAAGAAAUACAGCAAUAUUUCCAUCUUGCUCACUGAGCAGAUAAACCUGUACCUGAAGAUGGAGAAGAAGCCAAACAAGAAGGAGCAGCUCUCCCUAGUGAACAAUGUUUUGAAACUCUCGACAAAGCUCCUGAAGGAACUGGACACCCCCUUCCGGCUGUAUGGGCUGACCAUGAACCCGCUGAUCUACAAUAUAACGCGUGUGGUGAUACUCUCGGCUGUCUCGGGUGUUAUAAGUGACCUUCUGGGAUUCAAUAUCAGGUUAUGGAAAAUCAAACCGUGAACUGAUCGCCAUCGGUACAGCCCUCCCCACCGGAAAGACGGCCAAGAGGGACAACCAUGUGCUCAGGCAAAGCGCAGAGGUGCUCUCAAACUGCAGAGGUAGCAGAUCCUCGGCGUGCGUGUGGCGAGCUCCCCUCUGUUGUACACGGGCAGAGGAAGCCAGGCUCGGCAGCAUGGCCACGCCGUGGCACGCACUGCAUGGAACGGGGGUUACCCCCAGGCACUGAACAUGCGAGAGCCGCACGCAGCGUGGACAUCACCCACAAAAAGCCACGCGAAGGCUGACCCGAGGGACCCCUGGGGAUUGCUGUGGGUGCGUUUUGCAUGUGCCAGGCGAAGCGCCAGCCCCCGCCGUGGCGGGUGGCACCGUCCCUGCUCAGAGCGCUCUCCAGCUCCACUGAAAGUUGCCAGUUCGUGCAUCCUGAGCACCGCUCAGCCUGAUAACGCCGAGAGGCAUUUAUCAGACCUGCUGAUGAGUAUUUCUUGUCUUAAAAGCUCAGUGUGCUCCAGGUAUUUCCUUUUUCCCCUGACCUCUGGCAGGAUGGCCAAGCUCUGCCUCCCUCCCUGCUGCCAGUCAAGCAGCCGAAUGCUUUGUGCUGGCUGCUGCAGGCCGGGCCUCCUUCGGGUCUGCAAAAUGAGUUACAGAACACCCUCAUGCCACAACUGACGGGAAAGUUGAAUGCUUUGCUGCCUUUCUUUCCCACCCUGGUUACGCUUAGCCUGGGCUCUCUCCGCUUUCCCUGAGAACCAGCUUUGCUCCGUGGGGGCGGCUGCAGUCCCUGAGGCAGAACCCUGCUGCAGGAACCAGCUCUGUGGAUGCGAGACGACAGAGAUGUCCUCGCCCAGGAGGAUUUGGGGGUUCAGAAAGGGCACGGGAGGGAAACAGAACAUUCCACAGCUGCCUGCCAAACUCCCGUUUACUCACCAAACCCCCCGCUGUCUUCUAUUUAUUAGUAAUAAAAAAGCAGAACCGGAGGGACGUUUCAUAGCUUCAUUCUGUCACUGAGGGGAAGGAGAAUAAGAAUUUCUGGUAGUAAAUAGUUUACAGCUAUUUUCUGUACAAGGGGGAGGUGCAGGAUGUAAAAGGCAAUGACAAUUUUAUAUAUCAAAAUGUACAAAUAAACCUACAGAACAGGUAUUUCAUCAUUAACAGCGGCUUCUACGUGACUUGAUGGAUUUUAAAUACCUCUUAGGAACAUUUCUUAUUGGAAUAGGGAGUCAAGGAAGUGUCCAGCAAUGAAUUCCAUUUGUUUUCCAGCCAAAUGUGGGAUCUGUGGGUGAAACUUGGGUCAGGGAGGAGCUGUGUGAUGCUUCACAGCGCUGGAGGUCGGCGGCAGAUCUGUUCCGUACAGCGCAGAACCAACAGGCUGUGAACUGGGGUUUCUUUUUAAUAUCUAUAUAAAAAAUAACGAGCGAUUUACAGGUCUCUCUCUCGUCAGAACCGCAGAGAAUGUAUAAAGGUGCUGUACAUAUACAAACAUUUACACCCAGUACAUCCAUACGCUGCUCCGCACUGCUCAGCAUCCGACAGUCAGUACAGAAACAAGUUCCAUGGAAGGAGAACUCACAGCCAGGUGAGACACCAACUCAGAUCACAACGCAUCGAAAAGACAUCGGGGUCGUCGAUGAGGGGAAAUCCUUUCAGCAGUGCCGGUUCCUCGCACUAUCCAGCCUUUGGAUUGGGAGGGCAGUUGGUGGGCUUGGUCAACAGCUACAGCGGCUACCGUUAGGGGUCCAACACGGUCGCAGUCCAGUCCAUCCCAGGGAGUGUUCGUACACGUGCUACACACCAAUCGCAGCGGAUCAUCCCGUGCCAGCAGCAGAGCAUGGCUCAGAUCUGCAUUAAAGCCCAUUUAAUUUUCAGAGUCUCUCUUUCUUUGAAAAGCCAUUGGAGUGGUCCCUUGUGCUCCAACAGCAACGAAUCUGCCUAGAACUGCUCCCUGUGGUUUGCUGAGUGUUAAAAACAUCCCAUGUUUACAGCCAAAAUGAGAUUUUCAUUCAUUCGCUAUCAGUUUAACGUGGGUAAAGCUUGGCCUUUCCCACUUCCUCCUGUUGCAAAUGGGAGCCAGGGGCUCCUUUUCCCACGUCUUUGCAGUCAUUAAAAACCUGACGUGUCCGGAAAUCAUCCCUAAAACUAUGGAUAAACCAAACCCUUCCAUGUGUGGAGGCUGCUGCUCUUGCAGCUCCUGGGCCGGCCUGGCGGUCGGGCUCUGGGUCACAAUCCUCCCUUUAACACAGGUGUGUUACAGCCCAAGGAGUCGAUACUGAUACCUUAUGUACGGUCCUGUUCAGCACAGAGCACGCGUCGAAGUAAAAUACAGGAGACUUCUACCACACACAGGCAGGAACCACAUUCAGGAGCUGCUACGGCCGCUGGUUCUAUCCUACAGCUCCGCUGAGGUCUCCACGGAGGGAAAAGUCCGACUCCUAAACCAGCGUUAAAUAAUGAAAGGUGAGAUCAGGGCUGAACUCAGGGCUGCCCUCAGCGCUUGUGCUUCCAGAGGAUGCCAGGGAUGAGAGAGCGCCAGGAGGGAGCCAGAGGAAUUCUGUUCUUCACAGAACCCAGAAUUCCCUCUUUGCUGACAGACGUUGCUGACGGCUGUUAUCAGCAUCCUUAGGAAUCGAGAAGAUAAAGCAAUUUUGCUGUGUUGGACCAAAAGCAAAAUUACCAAACAUCAAUGAUGUCAAACAGAAUUUUUUAUCCACACAAUUUUGUAUUGGGUAUAAAAACAUAAGAAAAGCAUCAACCGAACGGCAUCGGUGGUUCAUCUGCUGCCCUGGAACCAGCAGAGCCUCCUCACCAGUGAGAACGUGGGCUUCCAUCUGUAAACAUGCAGCAUGCGCUGAGAAAAUAACCAUUCCAAAGCCAACCCUGCUGUUCCGAGGACUGGGAUACACGUGAGGAGAGCUGGACCGACCGGACACAGGAGAUACCUUGGCACAAGGACAAGAUGCGAGUCGGGAUCGCAUUGGCAAUACAGGCAUUAAAUAACUUUGUUCAGAAUCUCACAAACACGAUCAGGGAAAGCUGUAGCAGCGCAACGUGGGGAGCAGCGGGGACAGCAGCAUACGGAGGAUUCCAUUAUAGCAAUCCAAAAGGUCCUUCAUGCAGCUCGGAUAAUUUAAGAAUGAAUCCGAUACUUCCUGCCCUCGAACCAGUGUCUGAAAACCAACAGCCUCGUGGAAAGCAACGGCGCUUUCCGUGACCGUGAUUAGAAACCU